AUUUACACCAGUUUAUUUUUCAGUAACACAACCAUAUAUUCGUAACCGAGUGGCGUAGGUACUUGGCUCGACCACAACUCCUGUAUGAUCAGAUGGUGUUUCUACGAGCGUGCAUGCUAUUGCCGCUCCUGGCGGCGGCGCAGGCCAAGUGGAUCGAGGGACGUAUUGACACCAAAGAUAACUGGGCGUUCCUCGCUCGCUUCUGCUUUCUGUCACUGGAGGGUCAAUUCGAAUACCUGAUAGAAUACGACAAGGACAUGGGCACGCCGAAUCUACUGCUGUAUUAUGAUGAUGAUAGCCAGUGGCCGUCGGUAUACCAUAGUUCUAAGACGUGCAAGGAGCGGGAGGCUGUGCUUAACAAGGCAGGACAGAACCAAAUAAUCAAACUGUCCCAUUGGUUCCCGGACACCGAGUACUCUGGUUGUAUCGUCACUAAGGAUAGCAAGGAGCUCCCGGCUGAGAAGAGCUCCUCAACUACCCCCAAACCCACUAAAACAACACCAAAACCCAAAAACACAACAAACACAACCAGCGAGCCUUCAGGCCCGACCUACUAUGACCAGUUCCUCAAAACUACCAUGGCGUCCAAAACUACCGUCUCCGAUAAUUCUACCAAUUCUACCACGUGGUUUGAAGUACUGCCGACGGAUGAAUUUUCUACUACUACAAUGGCCGAAGAUGAAUUAUGGGAAAGUAUUGGGGGAGAAAAUGAUACGAAGUUGGAGAGGGCGAAUGAUGUGGAAAUGAUGUUUGAUAAUGAUAAUAGUAAGCACAAAAUCAAGCGCUCAACAUCCGAGCUUCUCGAACGCUACCGCCGCCGUCGCCUCAACUCCAUACCCAACCAGCCUGGACAGGGUUCCGUGGAACGUCUCCUGGUCUCCUGCCACAACUCUAGACGGUUCCGCUCCGCUAGGGAGCGUUGGUGGUUCAUCGCAAUCAGCAACUGUGAUAGCCCAAAGGGGCUGGACAUCAGAUAUAAGUUCCUCAUGACCAAUGGACCAGAUGGGGACUUCUGGCACGAGCAUUUCUCUGCUGAUGAGUUCUAUGUCCUUCCGGUCCUUUUGGCAUAUACCUUCGCCUACUUCAUCGUGAUGGUAGCAGUUGUGCUGUGCAGCAUCGAACUGAAAUCACGCCAUCUUCUUCACUCCACGUACAAGUUGUUCCUCAUGUCAGUGACUGCUCAGCAAACUGGCGUUAUAAUACAGACCUUGGCUUAUAUUCGCUACGCUACCCACGGGUUUGGGGGCGAAGGCGCCAGAGUCGUUGGUCAAUUUCUCUGCGGUAUCUCAGAAACGACAUUCCUGCUUCUGUUGGUGCUGUUAGGCAAGGGCUACACUGUGACGCGUGGAAGGCUGAAGGCUGGCUUCACAGUGAGACUUACCGUCUUCAUGUGUUGUUAUGUACUGGCGUAUAUUGCACUCUUCAUCUAUCAGGCAAAGGCAUUUGACCCGGGCGAAGUCCUGUACCUCUACGAGAGCCCUGCGGGUUACGGUCUUAUUGUGCUACGUGUCGCGGCCUCUUGCGUCUUCGCGUAUUCUGUCUUCUUCACUGUCAGGAAGUACCCGGAAAAGAACAUGUUCUACUGUCCCUUCUUCAUCUGCGGUACGCUCUGGUUCUACGCGGGACCGUUAUUCAUCCUGACUGCCAAUGCUUAUAUAGACAAAUGGGUGAGAGAGAGCGUUGUUACUGCCGUCCUUCUCCUCAUCUCCUUUAACGGACACGUCAUGUUUUUGUUGCUGACGCUGCCAGUAUUCGCCAACAAGAAUUUCCCGUACCACGUACGAACUACGCAAAUUGGAGUCAUGGAGGUGACUGGAAGUUCCGGUCUAGAUGGUUUUGGACACAACGCCUACCACCCGAGCCACGGGACCGCUCAGACUGUCAUCAUACCACUUACAAGACGCACAGAAGAGCUAAUAGGCAACAUGUACAACCAAUACAUGGCCACCGCCCCCCCUCUAGACACCCCCCUCAACGGCGUCAAACGAAUCAACUCCCUCUCCCCCAAAAACCAACUAGUCCAACAAGAUAGUACUGACACCAACACAUCUGACGACAUCAAACCCGUGGUCAACGAAAUAUUCACAGUUGAAAACCAAAUGUCAAAACUAGAGUUGCCAGAGGAAAAAAAUAAUCUACCAAAUCCAGUGUUGCCGCAGGAAAGUGUGGAAAAACUACCAAAAAUGCCGCAUGAGAGUGAUAUUGGGAAUGGUAGUAGGAGUGAGUUGCCCAGUGUGUUGAGGUCGAGAAGGAAUAUAUUGGAACCUUUGAAGAGGGAAGACGUUCCAGUGCCUUCGUGGUCGCUUGCUAAGGGACCUAGUGUUAUUGCUAUGCAUAGGAAGACUACUAACGAAGAUCCUCCAGAACCAAUAACCAACGGUAAGAAAGUCCCUCCAGUCCGCAACGGUCUUCACCAGAGUUCUGGAGCCAUUUCCACCAUCCACGAGGGUCGGGAGCAGAGCUACCCACCACCCAGCACUCUGCAACUCUUCAAUGCCAGUAGACACGAAAGUGGAGGGUAACGUGAGGGCAUACACCAUUCCAGAGAGACGGGAACCCACCUCCCAGCACUCUGCAACUGUUCAACGCCGGUAGGCAGGAGAGUGGGGGGUAACGUGGUCGAGUAGGGAGGGGUUAAUACAUGAACCUUUUGAGUUCCGCAUGCUGUUCUGGUGUGCGAGCGAGAAAUCGCUAUAUACGUAUAUAACACGGUCUCACACGAUAAGCGUGGAAGAAAUGAAAUAUCUGCUUGGACCAAUGCCCCCCAAAAAAAGGAAUGACUCCACAAUAUUUAAAAAAAAUGUAAAGAUAUUUAGAGUAUCGAUAUUAUAAACUUGGUUAAGCUUGCAAAAUGUAGAUAAGUACUCAAGUAAUAUCUAAUAAGUUAAUUGAUUAGUAAUUAAUUUAACUAAUAGCACCAGACUUUUUUACAACCAGUAGGGCUAAGAUGGUCGGCUCUUUAUCAUUUGUCACCAUGGCUGUCACGUUCUAACAAGUAUGUAAGCGCGAAAGUGACGGGCAUCGUGACAAGUGAUAAAAAUGGAACCAAUGCUGCCACUGCAGGGGCCUAUUGCAUAAGCGUUAAACCAUCCAGGGUUAAAUAACUCCGAGUUAACUGUUAACACAGGAUUAAAUAGUACUGGUAACUCCGGGUUUAACCGGUUAACCCCGAGUCAGGCUGGCUGGCGCAAGUGACCCUAAUAGUAUUAGCUUGUAUUUUAUACAAUCGUAAUAUAAUAGAGAGCUUUCCAGUCGCGUACUGUGAUUAGGCAACGAAGCUUGCUGAGUUGCCUAAGUAAGGCACGAGAUUGAAAAGCUUGAUUAUAUCACCAUUAUGUACAAUACUUUUUCUACGAGUCAUCUAAAAUAAUACUUUUUUACUAUGAAACCUAAAUAAUUAAUGAAAAUUGGUAAAAAUAGAAAUAAACGCACAACUCCCGCGCCGCGCCUGUUUAGUCUCUAUGGGAGCGCGGCGGCACGUGAUUGGUAAUUUUUUAUAGGUGUCUACAGCGUAUCGAUGAGUGGUAUACGAAAUCUUAAUUCACCCAUUACAGUCGACGAGUAGUAAUUGUAUUAUGCAAUUACUGGAAUCACUUGUGUUAUGUAAAUAUAAGUAGAUGUACAUAAUAAGUCUCAUCCUUUUCCCAGGCCGCUCCAAUCUACAAGGUUUAAAAAAACUCCCAAUAUAUUCCAAUUAAUCCAGCUUUGAUGAUUCAUUUGAAGACAAGUCAUAUCUCCCAUAUCUAUCUAAUUUGAACCUUAAAUCUGAAUGCUAAAGCAUGCCUGGAAA